AUGUCAACUGAUCCACCAACUUUUGCAUCAAAUCACUUAGUGGAAACUGAAUAUGAAGCUUUGAAGUUUACUAAACUGAAAUUUGCAAACAAAAAACUGCAUUGGAUACAUUCAAUAGAAUCUUUAGCAGCAAAAUGGAGAAAGCCAUUAUCUACGAGGACUUUAACAGU